UCGCAGGCCUCGCGCUUCACCGACCGGCUCCGCCUUACUCUCUCGGGAAGGUCGGGCGGAACGGCGGAGCCGCAGCCAUGUCUGGAGCGCCUCUGUGCCCGGUCGUGCAGCAGGUCCGUCCCGUGUCCGCUGCGCCGCGCCUUGAGCCCGCGGAGAUGCGGGAAGCCGCCCACUGCUUGGUAGUGGACGCUGACGGGAGGAGGAUCCCCUUCGGGACCUUGUACAGGCGGCAGAAGGUCGUCGUGGUGUUCGUGCGGAAUUUCUUGUGUUAUACCUGUAAGGAGUAUGUAGAAGACCUGGCAAAAGUCCCCAGGAGUUACUUACAAGAAGCAAAUGUGAGGCUCAUAGUUAUUGGACAGUCAUCUUAUCAUCACAUCAAGCCCUUUUGCAGUUUAACUGGGUAUACACAUGAAAUGUAUGUAGAUCCACAAAGGGAAAUUUAUAAAAUGCUUGGCAUGAAAAGAGGUGAAGGUAAUGACGUAUCAGUGCAGAGCCCUCAUGUAAAAUCAGGCAUGCUCUUGGGCAGUAUUAGAAGUAUGUGGAGAGCAAUGACUAGCCCAGCUUUUGACUUCCAAGGAGACCCUGCACAACAGGGAGGAACUCUGAUUUUAGGCCCAGGUAAUGAAGUUCAUUUUUUGCAUCAUGAUAGAAACAGAUUGGAUCAUGUUCCCAUUAAUUCAGUUUUGCAACUGGCAGGAGUUAAAACAGUAAAUUUCACAAACAAACCCCAGAUUAUUGACAUAUGACACUGAGGCAGUGUGUCAUUUUUUUUUGAUGCUCCACAAGAAUUACACUCCAAUGAAUUCCCAACAGCUUCAGUACUCUUCAUCGUUAUAGCAUAUCUGAAACUAUGUCUGGAAGACCAGAGCACAGAAUAAACUACAUGACACUGAAGACGGACUAAAAUACUGCUUCCGUUGUAUAUAAGAUAAUAAAAACUAAAAUACAACUGAGA